UCCUGGGUCCAUCCCCAGCCUCCUGGCUCCCGUCGCCCAGCCUCCCUCGCCUCUGCCCUCUUGGCCCGGACCCAUCAGCGCCGCUGGCAAAAGCCCUGCCGCCCGGCUCUCCCUCUGGGCCGCCAGGAGCCGCCAGGAGCGGGACGAACGCGGGAGAAGCCUCUUUGCCGACCUUCUCCUGCUCGGGCUGCAUCGAGCCGCCAGGAUGGGCUGAGCGGAGGAGGAGAAGGGAGAGAGAGCGAGAGAGAGGAAGCGAGAGGGCUGGAUGCCCGGCGGGUGAGUGCCAGGGCGCAGAGACGGGAGGGCGGUGUCGGCGGUGGUGCAAUGCAACACAUCGCGGCUCCCGGCGCUUGCAGGGCUCGGCGGACAGGCUGAGGAGGGGCAGCGAGAGCCUCCGCAGCCGCAGCAGGCGGGACUCCUGGGGUCCAGGAAAGGCUGGAGGCAGCGCUUCUGCGGGAGCGGGAGCAGCAGGUGGAGCUUGGAGGCGCAGCGGCGGGCAUGAGGCUCCUGCCCUUCCGACCUGGAGGAAUGUGACCUUCCCUGGCCUCCGCCCGCCGCCCUUCCGACCAUGUGGCUCCGUUGGCGGUGGCCCCUGGCGGCGGUGCUGGCGCUGGGCCUGGGCCUGUCGCUGUCCCGCGGAGCGGUGCUGGCCCUGGCCUGCCCCAAGGAGUGCGUCUGCGCCAGCAACAUCCUCAGCUGCUCCAAGGCCUCGCUGAAGAUCUUCCCGCCUCACCUGCCGCCCUACGUGGCCGUGCUGGACUUCAGCCACAACGAGCUGGGCCGCCUGAGGGCCGAGUGGACGCCCUCGCCGCUGCCCCUGCUCCACUCGCUGCUCCUCAGCCACAACGGCCUGUCCUUCAUCUCCACCGAGGCCUUCUGCAACGUGCCCCGCCUGAAGUACUUGGACCUCUCCUCCAACGCUAUCAGCUCGCUGGGAGAGAACCUCUUCAGCAAGUUGGAAGAGUUGGAGGUGCUGCUCCUCUACGCCAACCGGAUCACCAAGAUCGACCGCACCGCCUUCGAGGAGAUGGGCAGCCUGCGCAGGCUGUACCUGAGCCAUAACAAGAUCUCCCGCUUCCCGCUGGAGCUGGUGAAAAAGGGAGAGGCCCAGCUGCCCGAGCUUGCCUUGCUGGACCUUUCUUCCAACGAGAUCAAGCAUCUGUCCGUGAAGGAGGUCAACCGGCUCCCGGCCUGGGUGAAGAAUGGCCUCUACGUCCACGGCAACCCCCUGACCUGCCACUGCGAGCUCUACAACCUCUUCACCCACUGGCAGAAGCGGCAGCUCAGCUCCGCUGUGGACUUUGAGGAGGAGCUCAAGUGCUUCCACAAUGGGGAAGCUGUCCAGAUCUCCAGCCUCAGUGACCCGAGACUGAUGAACUGCAGCGAAUUCAAAGAGCAGGCCCUGGAGGUCCAUCGUGGGGAAAAAGUAGUGAUCAACUGUGACACCCGGCAACGAGGGGUGGCCAUCAGGGAGUGGCUGACGCCCAAGUUUGAGCGCGUUCCCCAGGAGGGGGAAAACAGCUCCAUUAGUGUCCUGGCCAAUGGGAGCCUUCAGAUCAGAAACAUCAGUGUGGAUGAUAUGGGGCCCUACACCUGUUAUGCAGCGAGCCAGGUGUUCAACGAGACCCUCUACGUGCACGUCACUGUCCACAACUACUCCUUGCACGGGAUCCCCGACACACUCAACACAGCCUACACUACCCUCGUGGGCUGUAUCCUGAGUGUCAUUCUGGUGCUCAUCUACCUUUACCUGACUCCGUGCCGAUGCUGGUGCCGCCACAGUGAGAAGCAGGCCGAGCAGCAUGAGGACAGCAUCAAUUCCUCUGUCCUCAGCACCACUCCUAACCACAACGCUGAAGGGACUGGAGGCAAGGAAGGGUUGAAUCGGCACACGGGCAAUGAGCAAGGCCAGAAUGGCAAAUGCAAGCCCAACAGCUCCCCCCAACAGGGCAUGAAAGGGGUCUCAAAGGGAGAGCGGAAAAUGUCGGACCCAGACUCUGUCUGCUCAGUCUUCUCAGAUACUCCCAUUGUGGGAGGCUCUCAAAAUGAAGGUGGGAGAGGAGGCAGUAGAGACAAGGGAAAGGCUGAGUUGGUGGGGCUGCUGUGAUGAGUAGGGCAGUGGAGCGAAAAAGAAUGGAACUAGACCCACGUCCUGCAGGCAUAAUAGUCAUACUUGGCCCUCUCCUCCAUGCUACCAUAAUAGUCUUAACUGCUUUAGCCUGCUGCUGUCAAACCCAAUAUUGAAAACCUGACAUCCUAACUUGCUCUUGAAGUACAGCCAGUAUGGAGCUCCCUUUUUUGGGGGGUGGGGGGUGGAGGUGGGUAACUAAAUGAUUGUUCAGUUCUCCUGCAUUGGAAAUUGGCAGAUCUUCAAUCUAGAGAAGCAGAGCACAGGGUCAACUGGCCAGUGGAUUUACUGGGUUCUCUCUAACAGGAAACUUCCCCCUCAAGCCUUGCAGUACCAGAAGUGGUUGCAUCCUGUUUCGUCUUUAAAACCAAUGAUGUUAGUGUGGCAUAUGCUUUUGUAGGUGGCAGUCUGCUUCAUUGGGUGCAUGAAGUGGACCUGAAACCACGCACAUUGAACCAGGUUCAUCAGCGUAGUAGCUCUAGCCACAGCAGUAGUCCCAACCAGCCAUAGCACUGUGAGGAAGAUGUUCCUCUUUUAACUCCUUAAGGAUUUUUUAAAAAAACAAAGAAACAUGCUGCAUAUUUUUAGGAAAGAAAACAAAGGUUUCCAUCAUACAAGGCUUCUCAGGAUACAGUUCAAAGCAUUUUCUUCCAAGCAGGCUGAGCUGUUUUGGAAACCUAAAUCACCCUUGGUGAUGGUGGUGAGAAAGAUAAAAAUCUACCAGUGCAAAGGGUAGUCCCUCUUCUGUAGAACGCUUUGUAAAAGGGAGUUCAACCCAGAGAUUUUAAAUUUCAUGGCAUCAAAUUGCAAAAAAAAAAAAAAAGAUACCUUGUUCUUCAGCUUGUUUGAAUUAGAACCAUGGCGUGGCAUGGCCAGAUUCAGCUGUUUUAAUUACUCAGCUCUUUGCUUGGCAGGCUUAUGAUAAAAUUUCCCAUUAUCCGUGACAUAUGUUGAGAGAAGAGCCAGGGUUGCAGCACAGCAAUUCAUCCUUUCAGAACUGGAGACUGUAAAGAUAAGAAAUCUGGAAUCAAUGCAGCAGCUCCAUCUCUCCUAGCUUUUUUAGAAGACCGAGUGUUCAACAGACUCAAGCUCUUCUGGUGCGGAUGGGCAGCAAGGAAAGUUCCUGACUGUGACUACAAUAGAACUCUAUCAGUCAUUCAGCAACAAAGCAUAGGCAGCAUUUCUGGCAGAAGAGACACUUUACCAGGAUUAUUUGUGCUCCCUUCAAGCCUCGCUUAAGAACCAAGCCAGUAUGUUUGGCUCUUUUUCCAGUAUUGUUUUUUUUUGUUUGUUUGUUUUGCAUUCAUUCCUUCAUUGGCUUAUCUCUCAGUAUUUCUUGAAGAAGAGGGUUUAGAAGAGAGGGGAAAGGAAACAAGGACUACUUUUCAGGACACCCUGUUGGCUUGGCUCCCUUCCCUCUCAUUCUGUGAGAGUUAAAGCCAAGCCAUGACUAGUUUUCAGGACACCCUAUUGACUUGGCUCUUUUUCCUCUCAUUCUGUGAGAGUUAAAGCCAAGCCAUGUACUGAUUUGCACCUGCUGAUUUCUUUGUGGAACAUUUGCAGCACAAACCCAUCUGAGUUGUUUUCAUGCAAGUGCAGGAGAAGGUUUUUACACUUAUUUCCUCAUAUUGAUUUUUCAAGUCCCAAGAGAAGGCAGGAUUCCAUUUGCUUGCCAAGUCUGAAUGGUUCAUUGAGUAGGGGUGGCCUUCGAAACAAUGGAGCCACCCAAAAGGUGCGCUGUUUGCAAAGAUUUCUGUUUUAUCUUAAUUCUGGCUCCAUUGUUGAUUUAAAUUAAGGUUAUUUCAUGCCUGCAGAGAAGAAUGGAGAGCAAACGGGAGAGGCCAGUAGAAGCAGGAUGUGUCAGGGUAGGUAGAUAAAUGACACAAUAAGCCAUAGAAUGUAUUGCACAAAGCUGCGAAUGGGUCCACACCAUUCUUGGCCCUAAAGAGCCAGAGCUCUAUGCUAUAUAGCCAUAGGAACCUUGCUUACAGCCCCAAGGCUCGCUGUUGCCUCUCCACUAUAGGGAAACCCUCAAGAACUGUGCAGAGCCCAAAGUGGAAGACUAAGCUGCCUCUGACUAGCAAAUCUCUUCAGCCGAAUCAGCUAGCUUGGAGACACUGUCACUGUCCCUGGUGUAUUUUGUCAUUUGUCCCUAGUACACUGUUGGGAAGAAGUCCUCUCAAAGAAGCAUACAGACCAAGACAAAGAUGCACCUGUAAGCCACAUGAGGGGGAGAAAGGAGAACUCAAUGCUUUAUUUCUAUUUGUUUAAGAAAUGAAAAGAAUGUAUUUAUUUACUUAUUUAUUUAUUCGUUACACUGCACAUGAUGAAAGCAGGGAGAAUUUAGCAAUAAUGGACUGGAAUGACCGACUGAUUUUUGUAUGCCUGUGGUUGAAUGCAAAACCGUGAGAGUUGCCAUGUCCCAAACACUCCUUCCCUUCUAAAUCUUGCAGUAAACCUAGUUUCUAAAAUCCCCAGGCCCUAGGAGCAAAAUCAGAGCACCACUAGAAUGAACACAUCUAAGAUUCUCUUAUGCAUUUUUUAAAAACAAAUGUGGAAAUAGGUCACUCGGCGCUGUUGAUGUAGUAAAGCAAAACAAAACAAAAUUCAGCAAUCUUGUACUCUAAUAUUGCAUAGGCUACGUAUUCAUUCAUGCUAAUAACUGUAACCAACUGUUUUUAGGCUGUUAUAUUUCUCCAGAUCUGGUGAGAAAUAGGAGAAUUGAGGGGAACUCUCUUUGCUACUUGUUGGUGCCGUUGCUAUUUGAACCCUUUUUUUGUUUGGCAGGACAGAGCCAUAUUGCUGCAUAUCAUAAAGGUUGUGGUCCAUAGCAGUAAGUCCAGGGAAGGGAUUGCUCUCUUCCAACCCCAGACUUUCAGAUAGGUGAUUAUGGGAGAAAGGUUUGUAGCCUAAAGGUGCAGACAUUGAUCACAGUAUAGCUGAAGGGAAUCUGAUUCAUAACACAGCAGAAUUCUACCUGUGUAGAGUAACCCCAGUACAGAGGCAUCAGUCUAAAUUCUCAUAUAUCCACAUGUAUUUGCUGCAGUUAAGGGUUGGAUAAACGAGGUAGGUCAGACCAUUUAGCCAUCUGGCCAGUUGUUAUUUACUUUGAUUGGCAUUAUAUAUGUUCACACCCAUAGAUCUUUCCUGGUACCCAAGAACCUUAAUUUGCAAUAUUGAGGAUAUUAUACUUGGAAGCAUAUGUUCCCAAAUACCACUCAACCCUUGAUUUUGGUUUGACAGAACUGUGUGAACAUAUUGCUAAUGAGUCAGAGUGAGGGUGUAAAGGGCCUUUAGCUGUCUCAAGUAUGCACAUGUGUGCAAGUAUGAAUUAGUUUGUGGGUGGACACACUUUAUGCAGUCUCUGAUGUUAUUCUAGAAAAGCCUAAUGUUUAGACUGUGCUAGGGGCAAUACUAACAUUUAUAGGGGAUGCAAAAGUAUGUGACUGUAAGAGUAUCUCUAGAUUAUUUUUUAGCAUGUCAGAAGUGAAUUGAGAACAUACUGCAAGUCACUUCUGGUGUGAGAGAAUUGGUCGUCUACAAAGACAUUGCCCAGGGGACAAUCGGAUGUGUUACCAUCCUGCUGGGAGGCUUCUCUUAUGUCCUUGCAUGGGAAGCUAGGGCUGACAGAUGGGAGCUCACCCCAUCUCACAGAUUUCAAUCACCAACCUUCAGGUCAGCAGUUCAGCUGGCACAAGGGUUUAACCCCAUUGCACCAAAGCACCUAGAUCAGUGGUUCUCAACCUGGGGUCCCCAGAUGUUUUUGGCCUUCAACUCCCAGAAAUCCUAACAGCCGGUAAACAGCUUCUGUUGGUCCCUUAACAGGGGAGCAACCUUGUAUUGAUUAUAGUGAAUUGUGCAGGAGAUGACCUUGUAAUCCCAGGAGAAUAUUGGACACAGGCUUUGCUCCAGGGGCCAACAUGGUUGGGUGCUUGCAAGGGCUCACCACGGCAGACUCCCUGCUCCUCCUCUUUGGGCAUCUCUUCCCCUUCCAUCCUGAUUUCAUGGUAAUUGUGAAGAUGAGCAGCACUUUUCCUUUGAUGUUGUUUUAUGGGCUGUGUCUCAAGAGAAAAUGAAUGAGCCAUUGGCAAGGAAGAGGGUGCCCUGACAGCAUUUUGCCCCAAGCUUGGAGAUAGCACUCUUGCAGAAUGGGUCCAGUACUUCCAUCCACUAGAAACAAAGCAAACAUCAUCUCGUUUUUCCAGUGGCAGUAAGAAAACACAAGAAAAGGGCCUAAAAGUAGGUAAGGAAUCUGGUGUUUGUCUUGCUGCCAGUACUAAGGCCCCUUCUACACUGUCAUAUAUCCAAAUUAUAUGACAAUGUAGAAGGGGCCUUAGUAACUGGAUUAUAUGAGUGUACACUGCUAUAUAAUUCAGUUCAAAGCAGAUAAUUGGGGUUUUAUAUGGCAAUGUAGAAGGGGCCUAAUCAUGGUUGAGGGAUCAACAUACCCUCCUAUCUGUCCCUGUACUUAAUCCUGGUUAGUGUACUUCUUGCACCCCAACCCUGAAAUUAUCCUCACCAGUGUCUCUACCCACACUCCUCUAAAGCACAGUUCACACAGUACUCUUUCGGCUAUUUAACAAGAUCCUCAUUGCCAGAAAAAUUAGUUUUGAGCAUUCUGUUUGCUAGCUGCUAAUGGGGAAAUGGUUUGGGAUCAAGGCUUUAUACUGGAAGAGCCCCUAUUCUGUUGCCUGAUCACUCAUCUCUCCCUCUGUUCUGUCUGUUCAAAGGGAUGAACUGAGGAAAGAAAGGAGAUCUCUCCCAUAGAUAAUUAUGCCUCAUCAAUAAUGAGUAAGGCAAUCUUUUUAUUCCGUCAAAACUCACAGUCAGAAAAGAAGCCACCCAGAUAGGUUCCCUCUUGCAAACCUAAAGGAAACAUCCACCUGUUCUCUGUGUGGUGUCAGAGCAAGUGAACUACUCACCCCUCAGCAAAGGCCUUCUUUGUGCUUUGUGCUGUUUACAUGAGCAGGAUCACUGCUGAGAAUCCCAACACGCUUUGACCCCAUUUUUAAGUUGCUAGGAGAGAGUUCUUGUUUUCUCCCUGCAUUUUUACCCACAGAAGCACAUAGAUGAGAAUAAGUAUCACAGCUAGAAAUAUGCCUGUUGUGAUCAAGAACAGAUCAUAGAUUGGUAUUGGUUUUUUGUAACCACUUCUACUGCUCAGUGAGAAUUGAAAACGAUCCCUAGAUUUCACUACAUAGUUUUGAAAUGAGAUGGUGAAUGAGCUGCCCCCAUACCCACAAGAUGCUGCUGCAGUCAAAGAAAUAAAUAGCCUGUGUCCACUUAGUGUAACCUUCUGGCCUGUUCAUGAAUGAUUACCAGAGCUAAGUGCUUCUAUAAGGCCCAUUAGCAUUAGGUCAUUUUAAAGGGCUCAGAUAGUUCAAUCAAGAUAUGUAAGCUAGCACUAUAGGUUUUUCAUCAGUUGUAUCUUACCCUGCCCUGUCCGCUCAGCUGGCAACAUUCUGCAUGAGCCUCUUUAACGGGAUUAAAUUGAAGCUACAUAGAUGAGCACUCUGUAUCUUCCUUGGUCAAACGUACACCUGGCCUGCAUGAGUCGGGCUGCCCUGAAUCUGUCUGUCUGCUGAUGAGGUCAAAUGCAGAGCGUCAUCUCAGUGGAGAGAAAUUAGGCAGCUCACAGCUCCACUCUAUUCACAUUUAGAAAGGCACCGAUGAAUGUGCUCCCCAUUCCUGAUGCUUUAGUCAAUGCCUGUGCAUGACAAAUAUGCAAUGCAGCUGCAAUCUUGGCUUAGGGAGAGAAGUGAAGGGAGAGCCUGAUCUUUGGGCAAAAUUUGGAACCAGAUGGUUCCUUAGCAGAUUAUUGGAAAUCCCCCAAAAAACUCCAGGAAGGACACAGAUUAAGUUUGUGUGUAUGUAUUUAUGGAUGCAAGCGAAAGACAGGCAUACUGCCCUGUGAAUCCAUGCAACAAAUACAAGAUUGCUCCUGUGGCUCCAGAACCAAAAAACGAUGAGAUGCUUAUAAUCCAGCAUGGCCCCCAUCUCCCAUUCCCCAUUAUGUGGUUUGCAGGUCAAGCAAAAUAUUACUCAAACCUACAGAGAAACAUACAAGCUUACGUAUUUCAGGCAGAGACGAUCAAUCCCAGAGAGUAUCUGGGCUGUAUUUCUCUGUCAGAUAGUCUGUACUCUCCAGCAUAGGCACAGGUGAAAAAUAAAACAUGGUUUAUGAAUAUGCA